AUCGUAAGAAACGGCUAUGAACAAGACCCUUUCGUCAUCUUCGAGCUUAUUCGCCUCUCCUCAAAUUUCAACUCCGUUGACUACGCCUUCAAGAUCUUUCAAUUUAACAAUAACCCAAAUAUCUAUCUUUACACUGCUAUGAUCGACGGAUUUGUGUUGUCUGGUUUUUACACUGAUGGGAUUCGUUUAUACUGUCAAAUGAUCAAUGAAUCACUCGUACCAGAUGAAUAUGCGAUUACCUCGGUUUUAAAAGCCCGUGGGCGUCAGUUAGCUCUGAAGGAGAGUAGAGAAAUUCAUGGCCGGGUUUUGAAACUAGGGUUAGGCUCAAAUCGAUCAAUAAGGAUGAAACUCUUGGAGGCUUACGGCAUGUGCGGAGAGUUCAAAGCUGCACGGAAGUUGUUCGACGAAAUGCCUGAGGAUGAUGUAGUUGCAUCAACAGUCAUGAUAACUUCCUAUUGUGAACAUGGAUUUGUCGAGGAGGCAACUGGUAUCUUCAAUCGGGUUCGGGUCAAGGAUAUGGUUUGCUGGACUGAAAUGAUUGAUGGAUUGGUUAAGAAUGGAGAAACGAACAGGGCAUUGAAUCUGUUCAGGCGAAUGCAAAAAGAAAACGCCAGUUCUAAUGAAGUCACUAUCGUCUGUGUUUUAUCUGCGUGCUCGCAUUUGGGUGCUUUGGAGCUUGGACGGUGGAUUCAUUCGUAUAUAGGGAAGCAUGAGAUUGAGCUCAGUCAUUUUGUCGGCGGUGCUUUGAUCAACAUGUUUUCGAGCUGCGGUGAUAUUGUUGAGGCUCAACGAAUCUUUCUGGAGAUGACAAAAAAAGAUGUCACUACCUAUAACACAAUAAUCUCAGGGCUUGCAAUGAAUGGUAAGUGUACUGAAGCUAUUGAGGUAUUCCAAGACCUGGUGAGGCAAGGACUUAAACCAACAAAUAUCACUUUUGUGGGUGUAUUAAAUGCUUGUAGUCAUGGAGGUUUGGUGGAUUUGGGGUUUGAGAUCUUCAAUUCUAUGGCGAGGGAUUAUGGUAUUGAACCUCAGGUAGAGCACUACGGAUGUAUGGUUGAUCUCUUAGGUCGUGUGGGAUGCUUCGAAGAGGCGUAUCAUUUUAUUAGAAACAUGAAGAUACAACCAGACCAUAUCAUGUUAGGAGCUCUGCUUAGUGCUUGUCAAAUCCAUGGGAACCUUGAGCUCGGAGAAGUAAUAGCAGAAAAACUGCUCCUUUGUGGGAAUGCAGAUUCAUCAACAUAUAUUCUACUAGCAAAUGUCUAUGCUUCAUCGGGGAAAUGGAAAGAUGCAGCUCAAGUAAGAGCAAAAAUGAGGGAGAGUGGGAUCCAGAAAAAACCAGGGUGCAGCUCCAUUGAAGUAAAUAACCAAAUCCAUGAGUUUCUUUUGGGAGAUCGGAGGCACCCACAAAGAGAAGCUAUCUACAGAAAGCUGGAGGAGUUGAACCAGGUACGACAACUUGAAGGAUAUACACCCGACAAUGGAGGUGGUUUUGCAUGACAUUGAAAAUACAGAUAAAGAGUGAAGCUUAGCAUUAUACAACACGAGGCUUGCCAUAUAUUAUCAUUUGAUCUCAAUUAAAAUAGAUACGGAGAUAAGGGUUGUGAAUAAUUUAGUUUGCAGUGACUGUCAUUCGGUAAUAAAGCUUGUUUUUGAGGA